GACUUAAAGCAAGCAUGUAGAGUAAACGCAUUUUAUUUUUUAACAUCGAUACGUACAAACAAACACACACAAUUUCAACAAAUAGUUAACAUUGGUCCCUUUUUCCAAGGCUACAUAAAGUAGAGUUUGACAGCUCCGGUCCUCACUGGCAACAAUUAGUGUCGCAGGUCUUGUCUUUGCACACGCACCCGGAGGCGCACUUGCUGCAGCCUGAAGGACAGCACUCGCAGCAACCUGCCGGAAAAGGAAAGAUCAGUUAAAUAGAUCAGGAUAACGGACCACAAGGUUAUGCAAUUAAAUGGCCUCAAGACCCGUCUAUAAUACACAUUAUUUCAACAUCAAGUCAGUUAUAUUUAACGGAAGGGCUGAAGGCAUGGUUAAAGAUACCCCAACAUGAUUAAAAUAUUGAAUGACAUAUUUUGCACCGAAGGCGAUUCAUCUUACUUUUCUUGCAUUUUGUGCAGGAGCAGUUUGCGCAGGUGCAUGAUGUGCCGCAGUUGCAGGUUCCAGCUACAGAAACACAAAUACGAUACGCCGUAAUAAAAUACCCUGCUCCGAGUCUGAUUGGAAUAACGGCAAUUGCGUCGAUCACAUAACACGAUGAAUACGAAACAAUCAGUGUAACUCACUCUUGGCGCAGUCGCAGGGAUCCAUUUUUUUCAGGUGGUGGUCAGUUCUUCUCUGUGUUGAGCGAAUGUGUUCUUGUCUCGUCGGAUUGUAUAUUGCAUGUGGCUGGAGUGUCACCUUUAUAGUGUCCUGAUAGAAACAAACCCGGGUGCAAAACGCACGGCCCUCGUGCUGUUGAUUUUGCGCACGGGUUUUUCGAAAGAAAAGCACAUUCCUCAAGUUGGGCGGUGUGCUAUUUUCAAAUUACGUAAGUCUAACCGAAUUUUCUCGAAGAAAAUAGUAGGAUAAAACAACCUUAACCCUAAUACACCUGAAUAUGUUCAGGCACGUGCUGUGCCCUGAUGAUGUGAUGUCAAAAUAAUAUUAUGUUCGAUUGGAUUAUUUAACAGAUUUAAGAUCCUGCGUCCAUCUAAAGAGGAAAAUUGUAAACAUGCAAGGAAAUCUGAGAGAUCAAGGCAGGCUCUAUAUAACGCUGUGAUAAUAUUGUUCAUCCCAGAAUACAUUUUAGAACACCGGACUUGUCCUUGUUCAGUCGUGUGUUUAAAAAGGGUCAUUCAUAAUUUAAUUGCCCGUGACUCAAAUUUUGAUUAGUGCACACGGCACAUAACAUCUUGGAUGCAGUAAACAACUUUUUUUUUCCAAUGCUGCAUUGUCAUUCUUCCGGAACGAUCGUGUGACUGGACCGCCGCGCCACACGCCCCCCUCAGCUCUGCACUCGGCGUCCGGUGCCUAGGAAACAACCGCCUGACGUCAUUGUUUUGCACUCGUAUUUUUUUUGGUUUCUUUGUUUUGGAUUGUUAAAACUUCGUGUGCAUUCUCGGAAAUCGUAUUUUUAAAUGAUUUCCGAGAACCUAUCUAUCUAUCUAUCUAUCUAUCUAUCUAUCUAUCUAUCUAUCUAUCUAUCUAUCUAUCUAUCUAUCUAUCUAUCUAUCUACCUAUCUAUCUAUCUAGCUAUCUAUUAUAUUUAUAUCGAAAUGGUAAGAUAAUGAUGUUAUUGAACCUUUAAGAAGAAGACUUUAAGUAACGUUAUCACAAAAAAAGUUUGGUUCAGUAAACCAAAUAUUGUAUCAAGUUGACCAACAUACAGUGAUUAUAGUUAGCAGAACCAAGUAUAUGAGGGGCCUACUUUUUUAAAUACAAUCUGUAAUUAUUGACAGGAGGCCUUUGUUAGUUAAUGAAUGAUAGUUUCCUGUAACCCAGAAAAAGAUUAGUGCUUUUGAUAGUCAACAGGCAUCAUCCGCAUCAUAUUAUAUGGGACAAUACCUGCUGAUGCUGUUGCUGUUGACAUAGAUUUAUUUUUUAAAUGAGGGCAUUUUUUCUGGUAGAACAAUUACUGUGUUCAGAUUUUUUUAUUUGCCACUCUCUUAUUUUCUUAAUAUAUUAAAUUUUAUUUUUAAUGCACGAUAUAUGGACUAGCAUUUAUUUUGGCAUCGUUUACAGUGUUACAUUUUUGUCAUACGUUCUUAUUUUUGCUGAAAACGUGCUUUAACCUGAUCUUAAUGAACCAUUUUCAGUGGGAAAAGUCUGUUUUUUUCCUACAUAAAUGUCAGUUGCUGUAUGUGGUUGUUCAAUAAAGUUGGUAUGAAAUUAAAUGGCGGCCAUCUUUGUAUGCCGUACCCUACCAUCCAGCACCCAAACGUUACCCAUCAUACAAGCAUGCUGUGACUGCAGUUACAUUUUAGAUGCCUGUUUUCACCAUACAAUGUCCACGUGUUGGUAGUUACUUCAUAUAACUUCAGAUACUUAACUGAUUUAUAUACGCGGACUCUCGGAUUGGGUUUUGGGCACGGAAAUGGCAACAAACAGUAAACGAUUCAAGCUAGAUGAUGGAUCAGAUGAUGCCUCGUCUUUGCAAAACUUCCUACAGUGGUGCGACAGAGUGGGCCUUAAACUCAACCACAACAAGGUGUAUGUGAGUAGAAAGGGAACACAAGCAGACUACGGCAUGCUGGCUAAGGAGGAUAUAGAGGAAGGGGAAGUUCUGUUUAUAAUUCCAAGGUCGGUUCUGCUACAUCAUGGAACAUCCAAGGUCUCUGCAGUACUCGAACAAGGCAAGGAGCUGCUGGAGAGCUCGUCGGGAUGGGUGCCACUACUUAUGGCUCUGCUGUACGAGUACACCAGCCCAGAGUCGCCCUGGGCUCCCUACUUGUCACUCUGGACCGACUUCAGCCGCCUGGACCAGCCCUUGUUCUGGUCCAAAGAGGAGCGGGGAACCCUCCUCAGGGGCACGGGCAUCCCGGAAGCUGUGGAGCGGGACCUGGCCAACAUCCAGAAGGAGUACAGCACUGUGGUCCUCCCCUUCAUCGCCCAACACACCGACCUGUGGAACCCCAGCAUACACACGCUGCAGCUAUACACACGCCUGGUAGCCUUCAUCAUGGCCUACAGUUUCCAAGAGCCACUGGAGGAAGAAGAAGAUAAAGAAGAGUCGGAUGACGAUGAGGAAGAGGAGGAAAAGGCCUCCAACCUACCAAUGAUGGUCCCCAUGGCCGACAUGCUCAACCACGUGUCCAAUCACAAUGCCCAUCUUGAGUACACGCCGGAGUUUUUGAAGAUGAUUUGUGUGCGUCCCAUUCGCAAAGGUCAGGAAGUUUUCAACACCUACGGCCAGAUGGCCAACUGGCAGCUUCUACACAUGUACGGCUUCACUGAGCCAUACCCUAGUAACUGCAAUGAAACUGCUGACAUCCCUAUGGCCAACCUCUACAAAGUUGCAGCGCAAGGUGUUCAGUCUGACCUCGACAGACAGCUGGUAGAGGAGAAGAGAGCAUUGAUUCUGAAGAUGGGUGAGAAAGUGGCUUUCAUCUUUGGCAAGCAGGGCUGUCUCACAGACAUGGAGCUCCACACCACACUUAAGGUUCUUUGCAUGUCAAGGGAGGAGUUCCAAGAGUUUAGAGAGAACGAGGGAUGGGAGGAGGAUGAAGAGGCAGACGACGAGAAGGUUUCAUUGGCUUUCUCCAACGAGGGGCUGCCUGGCCUUCCGGCUCCAUGGAAGUGGUUGAUCCACGCCGCAGCCCGUUUGACUUUGGACAGCUAUGGAUCAGCUGAGGGAGGGUGCUUAGACAGGGACCGUGUUUUAAUUGAGGACAAGGUGCAGCUUCAAGGACUCAACCCCAGGCAGCUGAGGGCACUUCAGGUGCGACACGGUCAGAAGGGCAUUUUGGACAGAGUGCUGGCACUGACCCAGUCAUGAUGCACAUCUCACAAUUGAACAUUAAUGCAAUAGUACUUUCAAGGUAUUCCUGUGAGGGCACUCGAGAUUCUGUAUUUUUUGUUUGCGUUUUAUUAAAUGAUUCAAAGUAUGAACCUGUGACUAAAGUCGAUAUAUAAAUCUAAUAUUAGCUUCAUUGUAUCAGCACCAUUGGGAUUUGUAAUAACAGAAAGAUUCACUUUUUUUAAUGCUU